AUGAAUUCAUCCAAAUCAUCUGCAUCACAGAGAACAGAGAGAGGAUGCUUCUCUUCCCAAGUCUUCUUAUGGACUGCUGCUGGGAUCUCCAUCCUACUACUCGGUGCCUGUUUUAUCACUAGAUGUGUUGUGACAUAUCGCAUCUUUCAACUCUGUGAUGAGAAAAAGGUCCAGCCAUAUGAGGACUUCCUGGAAUUCAACUGCUACAAUAAUGAACCAGGUCCAGUCAAGAAUUGCUGUCCAUUGAGCUGGAUACAUUUUCAAUCUAGCUGCUACUUUUUUUCUACUAACACCCUAACUUGGCAAGAAAGUGUGGAAAACUGCUCAAGCCUGGGAGCUCAGCUGGUGGUUAUCAACUCAGAGGAGGAACAGAAAUUCCUUUUCCAUGCAAAACCUACAAAUAGAGAGUUUUAUAUUGGACUAACGGACCAGGUGAUUGACGGUCAGUGGAAAUGGAUAGAUGGCACACCUUUCAACGAGUCUCUGAGCUUCUGGGACGAAGGGGAGCCCAACAACUUAGUUACGGUGGAGGACUGCGCCACCAUAAGGGACUCUAAAAACCCCAGGCAGAAUUGGAAUGAUAUGGCCUGUUUCUUAUAUAUGUUUCGGAUUUGUGAAAUGCCAGCAAAAAACAUUUUGAGCAAAGAAAAUUCUUCAAGGACAGAAGGCCCCACUUAA